AUGAAGCGGUAUAGUGUGUCAUAUGUUGAAGUUUGGGAUGGAGAUCGAGUUCUUUCUAGCUGGUACGACUCCAAGGACGAAAACAAUAGUAAAUAUGGAAGCACUGAUAAAGGGAGAGCCGAUCAAAAAGCAGUGUUUCACAGGUUAAUCGGCGAUAUGGUAAUACGAACAGUGGUGAAUCUUCCGGGAAACAAAGUUACAAAGACGUCUAUCGACCUUAUAGAGGGGUAUGAUUGCUAUUAUACAACUGCAGAGAACAAUAAAGUGCUCAUUUGUUUUGUUAAAGAAGAAGUCCCCAAAUUCCUACCGUUGAGGUUAUUAUCAGAACUAAAAUGUUUGAAUAAUGACAACGAUGAAUAUUUGAAGAGUAAUAUCGAUAAUCAAUUGGACAAAUUCCAUGAAGAAUUAUUAUCUUAUCGCACGGAAGGACAGCAGACAGCUGCAUCCACUGAGGAAGAGCUACAAAACAUUAUUGCAAUAAUGAAUGAUAAUAUCGAUAAGUUUUUACAGAGACAGGAAAGGAUAUCCCUGCUUGUGGAUAAUACUAAUCAAUUGAACGAAAAUAGUUUUAAAUUUCAAAGGAAAUCCUCUAAGAUUAUGAGAAAAAUGUGGUGGAAUAACGUUAAGUUUUAUUCCAUUGUCAUUAUAGUUGUACUGGCGAUUAUUGUGAUUGUGUCGUUAUUAUUACUACAUUAG